AUGGAUGGUCCAGCCUGUUGUAAGAUCAUGGAUGGUCCAGCCUGUUGUAAGAUCAUGGAUGGUCCAGCCUGUGGUAAGAUCAUGGAUGGUCCAGCCUGUUGUAAGAUCAUGGAUGGUCCAGCCUGUUGUAAGAUCAUGGAUGGUCCAGCCUGUUGUAAGAUCAUGGAUGGUCCAGCCUGUUGUAAGAUCAUGGAUGGUCCAGCCUGUUGUAAGAUCAUGGAUGGUCCAGCCUGUGGUAAGAUCAUGGAUGGUCCAGCCUGUUGUAAGAUCAUGGAUGGUCCAGCCUGUUGUAAGAUCAUGGAUGGUCCAGCCUGUGGUAAGAUCAUGGAUGGUCCAGCCUGUUGUAAGAUCAUGGAUGGUCCAGCCUGUGGUAAGAUCAUGGAUGGUCCAGCCUGUUGUAAGAUCAUGGAUGGUCCAGCCUGUUGUGAGGACAUGGACUGUCCAGCCUGUGGUAUAAAGGGACAUCAGACUUAUUCCUGCUGUGGUAAGGACAUGGACUGUUCAGCCUGUGGUAAGGACAUGGACUGUCCAGCCUGUUGUAAGGACAUGGACUGUCCAGCCUGUUGUAAGGACAUGGACUGUCCAGCCUGUUGUAAGGACAUGGACUGUCCAGCCUGUGGUAUAAAGGAACAUCAGACUUCUACCUGCUGUUGUAAGGACAUGGACUGUCCAGCCUGUGGUAUACAGGGACACAAGCCUCCAGAAACAUAA